CAGAAACAAAAUCCUUCAACUUAGCCUUCUAAGAACAGUGAAACUGAUCCACUCGUCACAAAAUACAACUUCAAGAAAGCUUCACCAAAUUACCCUAUCACUCUCUCAUGGCUCUUCAAGCAGCCUCUAUACUCCCUUCUACUGUCUCCAUCUACAAAGAGGGAAAGUCCAAUGCUUCUCUUAAGGAGACAGGCUUUUUUGGAGUUUCAGUUCCAAAUAAUCACCUCAAAGCUGAAUUCGACUGUUCUCUAAUAAAAAGCAAGGAAUUCAGGAAAAGGGAAUUACCAGUUAGAACAAUUAGGGCUCAAACAGCUACUACAACUCCAGCAAUCACUGAGGCAGCACCAGAAGCAAAGAAAACUUUAAGAAAGUGUGUUGUGGUAAUUACCGGAGCAUCAUCAGGUUUGGGUUUGGCCACGGCCAAAGCUUUGUCUGAGACAGGGCAAUGUCAUGUGAUUAUGGCAUGUAGGAACUUUCUUAAGGCAGAGAGAGCAGCUAAAACAGCUGGCAUUCCAAAAGAGAACUACACUGUCAUGCAUCUUGACCUUGCGUCUCUUGAAAGUGUCCGUCAAUUUGUGGAUACAUUUCGUCGUUCAGGUAUGCCACUUGAUGUGCUGGUGUGCAAUGCUGCAGUCUACUUACCCACUGCCAAGGAGCCCACUUAUACUGCUGAAGGAUUUGAGCUCAGUGUUGGGACAAACCAUCUUGGUCACUUCUUGCUUGCACGGCUGCUGCUUGAUGACUUGAAGAAAUCAGAUUAUCCAACCAAACGUCUCAUCAUCGUUGGCUCCAUAACAGGAAACACAAACACAUUGGCUGGGAAUGUGCCUCCAAAGGCUAACCUUGGAGAUUUGCGAGGGCUUGUGGGUGGCUUGAAUGACCUAAACAGCUCACCCAUGAUAGAUGGAGGAGAAUUUGAUGGUGCCAAGGCCUAUAAAGACAGCAAAGUCUGCAACAUGCUCACAAUGCAAGAACUCCACAAGCGGUACCAUGAAGAGACGGGCAUCACCUUUGCUUCCCUCUACCCUGGCUGCAUAGCCGAAACAGGCUUAUUCAGGAACCAUAUUCCUUUGUUCAGGACUCUGUUCCCACCCUUCCAGAAGUACAUUACUAAAGGCUAUGUUUCAGAAGAGGAAGCAGGAAAAAGACUUGCACAGGUUGUGAGUGAUCCGAGCCUGACGAAAUCUGGUGUUUACUGGAGCUGGAAUAAGAACUCAUCUUCAUUCGAAAACCAGCUCUCUAAAGAAGCCAGCAACGCAGAGAAGGCAUUGAAGUUGUGGGAGAUAAGUGAAAAGCUAGUUGGCCUGGCUUAAUUGAGCCCUAAAACUGGCCGAGUAGAACGCAAACUUCUUAAACAAGGCAAUACUGUGAACAAUUAGUCCUGAAGAUAAUGAACUCCUUGAAUGUUCUAGUUACCUCUUUUUGGUAAAUGCAGAUGCCAUAUACUUUGAAUGA